AUGACGGAGGCUGAGGCAGUCUACCGAGACCAGUCUGGCUACAUCCGGAGCUCUUCCAUGAAGGAUCUUGGCCCAUUGGAAUUCACUGGUAAGAUUGGUGGGGGCCUCCGCCUGGACCUGCGGAGGCGGGCGCCACUUUAUGGCAGCGACUGGACGGAUGCGUUCAGGCCCGAGAACGCACAGAAGUCCAUCUCCACGAUCCUGUACUUGUUCGUAGCUGCACUGGCUCCUGCCAUCACGUUCGGGAGCCGCUUCCUUGCCGGCACGAAUGGCCAAUUUGGGGUGCUGGAAAUGAUCAUGUCCACUGCCUUGAGCGGCAUGCUCUUCUCCACGUUUGCCGGGCAACCUCUAUCAAUCCUUGGUGCGACGGGUCCGUUCUUGGCGUACACACUUGUCUGCUAUGAUCUGGCUGUGGCUAUGGAUCUGGAGUUCAUGCCGUACUACUUCUGGGUGUGCAUGUGGUGCUCUCUGUUCACGAUCUUGGUCGCUGUCUUCGACCUCUGUGCCCUUAUGAAGCACGUGACCAUGUUCAGCGAGGAUAUCUUUGCUGGGCUAAUUUCGCUCAUCUUCAUCAUCGACGGAGUGCUGCCGAUGUUGCGCAAUUUCUGGGAGGACAAGAUGACUUUGGCGGCUGCAAUGUUCGAGAUGCUUCUCUUCCUGUACACCUUCGGCCUGGCCACCUACCUCUCCCACUUCCGCCGCACGCCCUGGCUCCUGCGAUCCCUCCGCAAUCUCAUGGCCAACUUUGCCGUGACGAUCGCCUUGGUGACCGCUUCUGCACUGGCGGCCAUCUAUGCCAGCGACACGAAUCUUCGCAUGCUUACCGUCGACGCGGAGCUCUCGCCCUCCCUGAUUCUUGCGGGUGGCGGCAAGCGCAACUGGAUAGUGAACCCCAUGGGUAUCGAGAAGGACUUCCCAAUGUGGGGCAUCCCCUAUGCGAUCCUCCCGGCCAUUGGCUUCGCAGUCCUGGGUUACCUCGACCAGAACCUCACCAGCGUCAUCGUGAACCGGCCGUCCAACAACUUGCAGAAGGGUCCUGGUUAUCAUCUUGACCUCUUCAUUCGCGGCGCCCUGACGCUGCCAGCCUGCGCUGUGCUCGGAUUGCCCUUGGCCGUGGCAUCCACGGUGCCCAGCAUCACCCACGUCAUCUCCCUGACAACCUACGAGGUGAAGCAACUCCCGCAGGGCGAGCGCAAGGUGCCUGUGAAGGUGGUGGAACAGCGAGCCACGAACUUUUUGAUCCAUGUCCUCAUCGGCUGUGCUCUGUUCAUGGCCCCGGCUCUGAAGUUCCUGCCUCAAGCUGUGCUGCAGGGUGUCUUCUUCUACAUGGGCAUCGCUUCAUUGACGGGCAAUUCCUUGUUUGACCGCAUGUUUUUGUGGCUGAUCUGGGACUCGACGAAGUACCCGCAGUAUCACUACAUCCAGAAGCUGCCCAUUGCGCGAGUCCACCUCUACACCUUCAUCCAGUUCAUCUGCCUUGCCAUCCUCUACGGGCUGAAAGAGAUCAAGGAGACAGCUGUCGUGUUCCCCUUCUUCAUGGCUUCUCUGGCCGUCAUCCGCAAGUUCCUGCGGUGGAUCUUCACGGCGGAAGAGCUUUCGCUGUUGGAUGGCCACCCUGAUGAUGACGAUCAGGAGGAGGAGCCGCUGCCUCAGCAGCCGGACAUCUUGAACCUCGAGCCGGCGAAGGUGCAGGAGUCCAAGGAGGAGACAGUGGAGGCUCCAGCAGAGGACAGCAAGCCAGCAGUGGAGGAGCAUCCUGUAUUGAAGAGCGAGCAGACGGGCUUCUCCCUCUGA